CGAUUUUCAUCGGAUUUCCAUAAAUUUUCCGGUUAAAUUGCCAUUUAAAAGCACAAAUAAUCGAUAAGAAAUCAAUUUCGCACAAAAAUUGUGAUAAAAUAUGAAAAAUUAAGGAAAAAAGGGGAAAAAUCCCCUAUCAAAAAAAAAAAAGUUUCGUGCGAAAAAAAGAAAAAUAAAAGUGAAUUUCAAGAAUUAAAAGAAUAACGAAGAGAAAAAAGAGCAAACAAGUCGCAAAAGUGCAAAAAAUGCAAGAGAUUCUAAGCUGGCACAGAAAUGUCUGAGAGAAAAUUUACACGAAAUUUAAUAAAACAGGUGUCGGCAAGUGUUUUGCGGGAGACGGUGUCAUCUAUUGUGCGAGAAUCGACGAAUUUGAUAAAUAAAAUCGUUCUUGUUGCGAUUAAAUUAAGCAUAGUCAUUUUGUGUCCGUUGAUCCAAUUGGGUGUCUUGUUGUUCUUUAAGCCAAUUAACGCACGAAAAAGUAACUCUUGUGAUAGCAUUGCGAAAGAUUGUGAUAAGCCGGGGGGCGACGUUGGCGACGAAAAAGCUUGCAAAAAGAAGCGUCGUCGCAAGAACAAGAAAAAACUCUCGAUCACGAGUAACGGGUCGGGCGAAACGUCGUCGUCGAAUCGCCAAAAUAACAAUAAUAAUGAACGCGUAAAUGGUGAAAGUGCUUCCGAAGGACCCACAACUGACGACGAAGGCGAAGAAGGAGACGAAAUGCAGGAGAGUAAGCCGAUCCUUGUCGAGCCAAUAGACUUUGAGAGUUUUGUGCAAAAGAACAAAACUUUGAUUCAGAAUGAUCCCCAACGAGAGUUGCUCAUGUACCCGUCGGAUGAUGUCUCGGAAGAUGUGUUGCCAAAGAAGUUUAGAACGCUCAGCAAUCAUAUUCCGCCGUCAUCGGGCACGAAAAAGAAAGGAAGUGUCAACGGAAAUAGCGCAGUGAAUGGCGAUUCGGGGAAAGAAGGACAUCUUUUUACGCGACAAGCGUUGCAUAGUUAUGAAGAAGCCAAUCACGUUAUUAAUUACAAGUACAAUGAGUACAGCGGAUCGUGUUAUGAUAUGCCAAAACCCGCCAUGGAUCAACUCAAGGAAGAAGUGUACGAAGUUGAUGCUGAUCCCGAUCGAAUUGACGAACAAAUGACACGUUCGCAGGCUGAUUCAAUUACCAAACAAGGCUACUUGUUAAAAGGUCCUGAUACAAACUCCGAUCGAAUGUUCGCGCACAUCGGUUCAAAAUCCUUCAAACGUCGUUAUUGCUAUUUACGACAAGAGGUCGAUGGAACCUACAUCCUCGAGUUGCACAAAGACGAGAAACAACUUGAAGCCAAAAAUACAAUUGUGAUGGAUUUCUGCACAGAAGUCGUUCUGAAUCCGAAAAAGGGGCGUUUUUGCUUCGAAUUACGAAUGUCUGACGGAAACAAACCCGUUUUUCUCGCGGCGGAAGACGAACAAGAGCUCGAAGAUUGGUUGAAGAAACUUCAUUCGGUCAUUCAACAAAAUAAGUUGUCAGAAGAGAAGCGUUCGGGAUCUCUUGAACGCAAUAACGUGCCAACAAGUCCAAAUAACACGUCGUUUGGGACAUUAAAAGGUCUCGAUCAAAGUAUGAAUCCGCAACUCAUGAAGUACGGAAGAGAAACUGAUUUGUCAAUAGCUCAAAGUCGCAAAGAAAAUCGACGUCAUAUUUUCUUCUCGGUGCCGUAUUCGACAAAAAACGUACAGAAACAACCAAUUGUCGAACCAUAUUGCGAACAAUUUGGUCAACGGAUGAUUUUCAAGUGUGACAGUUUGAAAUUUAAACUCACAGCUCCGUUUGACAACGAAAACGAAAAAUCCGGGCAACUUGAACCUUAUUUCACGAGUGUUGCGUUAUUUGAUGCCAAAGCAGGGCGAAAACUCACGGAAAAUUUCUACUUUGACAUAAAUCAAAGCGAAACGCGAGAACUUUUGGCAGUUGGAAAAGAUGGCAUCGAUAUCCCCGAAAUGAAAACCGUGACAGUCGACAAAGAAUGGACCAUGUAUCCGCGACAAGCAGUAAUGAGUGUCACAAAUCCGCAUCCAGAUGUCUUUAUUGUCGUGCGAAUCGAGAAAAUUCUUCAGGGAUCAAUUCCGGCAUGCGCUGAGCCUUAUGUGAAAAUCGCAAAAGACCCAAAAACGGGAUUGAAAUUGAGAAAAGCUGUUGCUCAAACGUCUCAAAAGAUUGGGCAUUACAGAAUGCCCUUCGCCAUUUGUAUGAGACCUUUGUUCCGUCUUUAUUCGAGCGAUUUGGAUCCAAAUAUCGACUUUCCGGCGAUUUACAGACAAGAAGUUCAGAAGUUGAGAGAUGAAGAUGUGCUGAAAUUACUUUCAGAGUAUCGAAAACCCGAUAAAUUUAGCAAAUUGACUGUUAUUCCCGGAAGUUUACGCAUUUCUGUUGAACCGUUGUUCAAUGAUACACCAAAUAAUUGUUUGACAACAACUCUUGCGCCUAUCAAGCCAUUCCCGAUGCCAGUUGCUACCGAACCAUCAAUUGAAGUCUCCGAGUUCCUUUCAUCGUCAGAUAAAGAUGUUUAUCCCUUCACAACCUUCGUGAAUCAUCUUUAUAUCUACCCGUUAUCGCUAAAUUUCGAAAAUCAAAAACUUUUUUCGCGAGCAAGGAAUAUCGCUGUGCAAAUCGAACUUCGUGAAAGUGAUUCUGAAGAAGCUACUGCUUUGCCAUGCAUUUACGGGCGUCCCGGGCAAACGCAAAAACUAAUUUCAAAGAUUUCUUGUCCCGUGUUGCAUCAUAACACGAGUCCCGUGUGGUAUGAAGAGAUCAAGAUACGACUUCCGUUGGCAAUCACAGCACAACAUCACAUUUUGUUCUCGUUCGUGCAUGUUUCGUGUAACAUUGGGAAGAAAAAGGAUACAGAUCCAGUUGAAUCGCCUGUUGGAUUUGCAUGGAUUCCAUUACUGACGAAAGGAAAAUUGAAUUUGGAAGAACAAUGUAUUCCUGUUGCGACGACUUUACCUGCGGGAUAUCUUUCGAUACAGCCUUUGGGAUUGGGAAAAGGGCAGAAUGCCGGGCCCGAAAUUCAAUGGAUCGACAAUCAACGCCCUCUGUUUACCGUUUCGUUCCAACUUUACUCUACCGUACUUACAACCGAUCAACAUUUGCACAAUUUAUUCGCGCACGCCGAAAAACUCUUGGAAAACACUCGCCUCUCCGUGCUUCCCGCAGAAUCUGAAACAACGAAAAUCCUCAAAGCAGCUCACGCCAUCCACGUUACUUCUGUCAUAACAUUCUUGCCGACAAUUUUGAACCAACUUUUCGUGCUUUUAGUGUCGACAACGGGCGAAGAUAUCGGCUUGAACAUCAUUCGUUUGUUGGUGAAUUUGAUUCAUAUCGUCACGGAAGAAGCUCAACGCAAAGAACUCAUCGACUCGUACGUGAAAUACGUUUUUAACGUUCAACCUGUUGCUCUAAAAACGACUUCUGGCAAAGGAAAAGAAGCAAUUACGGUACAUGGAGAACUUUGUCGUCACUUGCCUACGUUGCUCCAUCCUCAUAACACGGAUUUUUUGCUUGUUAACAAAUUCAUGCGCUACUCAAACGUGUUUUUUGAGAUAAUUGUGAAGAGCAUGGCGCAACAUUUGAUCAACAGCGGACGUAUUAAGAUGCAUCGAAACGAACGAUUUAGUCAAGAAUACUUGAAUCGCAUCGAAACAUUGUUCCAAACUCUCGUUCCUUACUUGAUUCAACGUCACAAAGAUUUGCCCCAUGAGACGAAACAACUGAACAAAAGUCUCUCAACUUUUGUGAAGCGAUGUCUAACUUUCAUGGAUCGCGGAUUUGUCUUUAAACUCGUUCGAUUGUACAUGAACAGCUAUGGCCCGGGCGAUACGAGAGCUUUGCAAGAGUUCAAGUUCAACUUUUUGAAGGAAGUUUGUUCGCACGAGCAUUAUGUGCAACUAAAUCUGCCAUUUUUGCUUAGUCCAAGCAAUCGUGCGCCCGAUUUAUUGCAACAUUUUUGUCUUUCGAGCGAAUUUUGUCGUCAACACUUUUUGGCGGGACUUUUACUGCAAGAAAUCAAGAGUUCCUUAAACGAAAUAAGUCAUGUGCGACGAUUAGCGCUCCAAAUAUUGAAAGAACUCCUCGCGAAACACGAUUUAGACAAAAGAUAUCAAAAUAAGGGACAAAUGGAACGAAUCGCAUUACUUUACGUGCCUUGGUUAGGCAUCGUUUUGGAGAAUUUGCAUCGAAUUACAGCCGAUAUCAACACGCAUAAGCGUAAAAAUGACUCAAUAACGACAAAUCGCAUGUCUUGCAGUAGCAGCUAUGUAUUUGCACGUGAUUCAAUGUCGCCUGCUCCUUCAAAUGGCAACGGAAACGUCGCUCCAUCAUCAACAAGCACGCCAAAAAGUAAGAGACAAACAUCUUUGGUCAUCGAACAUCCCCAUUCGAGUCCUUUGAGAGCAUCAAUGGUACUAAAAGACGGCGCUUAUUUAGCAGCAAUCGCAGGACAACAAAAUAAACUACCAAAUGGACAAUCCACAGGCUCCCUGAACUCUGCAAACUCCGAUGGAUCAACAAUUUCGCAAGAAACAACCGUUGUAGCGACGCGAAAUGGGCUCGAUUCAACCUUGACAAAUGGAAAUUCCGCAAGAAAUGGACAUAAUCGAUCAGUUUCUGUCACGCAACAUGCCAACAUCCCACGAAAUGAUAAAUUUAUCGAACCCGAAGUCAAAGAUAUGCUCAUCUGUUUCGCGUUUGUCGUCAAACAUCUGAGUCAGGAUCACAUGAUCUCUUGGUGGCAUAACUGUACUGAACGAGAAACUGUUGAAUUUUUCUCCGUACUUGACCAAUGUCUUCUGCACUUUAGAUACGUCGGUAAGAAAAACAUCGAAAUUGCCGAAAUGAAUUCAGAAAAUCGUGAAAUGACAACGAGAAAUGUGAAAGCAAGUACGUUACCUGCGAGAAUGGUUCCUCCGGGGAGUGAUCAGAGUCUGAAUUCAACGCAAACUGACUCAAAUACGUUAAAUAUCAACCAAAGAGAGAAUUUGUUGGAAGAACAAACGAGAUUGCAACGAGCUUUGCACGAAUCAAAUCUCGCUGUUGAAAUUGGAUUGAUAGUUCUUGACAGUUUGGGCUUGUAUUGUGUCCAAUUUAAGGAUUCAAUGUUGGAAAGUACAGUUUUACCCAAAGUUGCGAACGUUUAUUUGCGAUUUUUGCAACUUGGGCAGUCAGAAUCCUUAAGCAAACAUGUUUUUGCUGCACUCAGGGCUUUUAUUAACAAUUUCUCUCCCGCAUUAUUCAAGGGAAAUGCGAUUCUCUGUGGGCAAUUAGUGUACGAGCUGUUGAAAUGUUGCGAUUCGCGUCUCACAGAGCUUCGACAUGAGGCAUGUGCUGUCUUGUAUCUCCUGAUGCGAAGUAAUUUCGAGUUCAGCGGGCGAAAGGGAUUGACAAGAGUUCAUCUUCAAGUCAUAAUUUCCGUUUCGCAGAUGAUUGGUAACGUAAUUGGCUUGAAUAACGCCCGUUUCCAAGAAUCUCUCUCUGUGAUCAAUAGUUAUGCGAGUAGCGAUAAGGCAAUGAAGGGAACUGGCUUCCCGAUUGAGGUUAAAGACUUGACGCGACGCGUUCGAACUGUUCUCAUGGCAACCGCACAAAUGCAAUCGCAUCAACAAGAUCAAGAGAGAUUGCUUGAAUUGCAACAUUCGUUAGCGAAUUCGUAUGCAAGCACGCCGGAGUUGCGUCAUACUUGGCUUGUUUCCAUGGCGCGAAAUCACGAACAAAACGGAAAUUUGUCGGAAGCGGCAAUGUGUCAUUUGCACAUCGCAGCUCUCAUGGCGGAAUAUUUGAAGCUCAAAGGAGGCGGUUUCAUCGAUUGGGGCGCUGAAAAAUUCGAAAAAAUCUCGCGAAACAUUCCGCGCGACGAAAAAGGACUCAAACUUGAUUCAGGCGGGCAAGAUUCGCAAUACAGUGAACAGGUGUUACUCGAUCAACUACGAGAUUGCGCCGAUUAUCUCGACAGAUCUGAACGUUAUGAGACUCUCGGAGAGUUAUAUCGUCAAAUUAUUUGCAUUCUCGAGCAUCGACAUGACUUUGCCUCCCUUACACAAUGUUACGAACAUCUCGCCCAAGCGUACAACAAAGUAAUGGAUAUCAUGAAAUCCGGAAGGCGUUUCCUCGGGCGUUUUUAUCGCGUUAUUUUCUUCGGAAAUUUGUACUUUGAAGAGGAAUCUGGCAUUGAAUACAUCUACAAAGAACCAAAAGUCACGGCUUUGAGUGAAAUUUCCGAAAGGCUUUGUCGGCAAUACAAGGAGAAAUUUGGAGCGGAUGUCGUGAAGAUGAUCAUGGAUUCAAAUACUGUCGAUGUCUCGGAAUUAGAUCCAAAGUUGGCAUAUAUUCAAGUCACCCAUGUAACUCCUUAUUUCUGCAAAGAUGAGCUUGAAAAUAGACAAACGGAGUUUGAGCAAAAUCAUGAUGUUGAUACUUUUAUGUAUGAGACGCCUUUUACGAAGAACGGAGCUGCAAGAGGAAAUAUUGAGGAUCAGUAUAAGAGACGUACUAUUUUAACGACUGAGUACAGUUUUCCUUAUGUCCUCAAACGCAUUCCCGUGAAGGAUCGUCAGUUCAUCGAGCUCGAGCCAAUUGAAGUUGCCAUCGAUGAGAUGCAAAGUAAAGUUUGCGAGCUUGAAGAUGUUGUCGUGUCGCCCAUCGACAUCAAGAAAUUGCAGCUUAGAUUACAAGGAGCUAUUGCGGUUCAAGUUAAUUCAGGUCCAUUGUCGUAUGCCUCCGCAUUCCUCGACGCCAACAACAAAGAAACUUAUCCUCCCGCCAAAAUUAACGAGCUUAAAGAAGUUUUUAGAGACUUUAUCCGUAUUUGCCAUAUCGCUCUCCAAAUCAAUGGUCGAUGUAUCAGCGCCGAUCAAGUAAAUUACCAAACGGCGUUACAGGAGAACUUCCAAACGCUUUGUGAUGCCCUCAGUGUGCUUUUCGGCGAAAAUGUCGGCCCCGUAGAUGAAACAAUGAACGCACAUCGCAACAGUUUAGCACUUUUCAGUUCAAUUAGCGGUGCGCCAAAUAAUUCAAGCACUGCCUAAAUAUCAAAAAAGGGAAUGAAUUAAAAAAUUUUAAUUGUAUGACAAGAGCUUUGUUAAGUUUUUAAGUUAGCUAUUAAUUUGAUAGGAUUCUCAGUUGAUAUACGCUUCAAUACACGCACCAAUUACUCGAAUCUUUAAAUUAUUACAGGAUAAUCGUAAAUAUAACUUGAUGUGUAUAAAUGUUGCUUCCUAUAAGAGAAAGAGUUCGCAUAUUUUACGAACAAAAUAAUUGAAAAAUAGGCUUUUGAAAUGUUUUAUAGAUAAAAAAGGAUGUGACCAAGGAACAAUUUUAAGGUUAUUGUAGGAGUUAAUUGAAUAAAUC